GUCACAACGUCAUUCUUACUGUCCACAAUAAUUUUGAUCACCAUUUUUAUCUAAUAGAGUGUGAAUGACAGGGUUUCGAGACCCUUUUCAAAGAGUCGCGAGCAGCAGGCUACGGCCGUUAAAAAAUUGUCAGCAUGGACGCCUUUGACUACAUUUUCAAAGCGAACGUGGAUCGAUGCAAAACCAUCACAGAAACAUCGACAUAUCUUGAGAUAUUCUUAUACUCGGACCCGGAUUACAACACCGUGGAAGAGGAUCCAUUGCUCGAGGCUGAGUUCGAUGACUUCCUACACGCCAAGGGUCGUUUUGAAACUCUUCAGAUGCCCACAGGGGUUACGCGGUUAGCGGGUGUUCGCAUAAUACUCCAGCAGAAUGCACAACAUCCAGAGACGUUUUCGCCUCAUUUUCUAAGCCUAAAAGCUGAAGAUUAUAUAGCUAUGACGAAAGGUUUCCAUCUGUCACAGGAAGCUAUAGAUGGUACAAGCGCCGUCGGACCAUUGUUCUUUUCUGAUGUGGAUGCGAAUGAAGAUGGUACCUAUCUCCAAAUCGUUUACCGCAAGAGCGAUGUAAGAAAAAAAGGGAAAACAAGAGGUUGGGAAUUGAAUCUGAGUCAUAACCUUGAUACCGGUAUCACAACUGGUUUCUGUAAAGGCACACCAUCAUCCGACAUCGUGGCGUCGAUCAAGCAUCUCAAAGCCUUCGUCUCAGAGAUUGGUCAUCCGCUGCUGCUGCCUCUUGUCAUCUUCGGCCACGACAUGUCAUCCAACACGGAACUCAAACAGCGCGCAGCAAGAGAUUGGCUGCGUCGUAUCGAGUUUGCGUUAAGUAUGCGCGACGAAGAAUAUUUGAAGAACGGAUUGCUAGAUCUUGAUGCUCUAAAUCGAGACCUGGUCGAGUGCUAUUCGCAGACAAUAUGGAGGCCCCCAAGCACGUAUCUCCAGAUCAUCGCCCACUUCAAGGAAGCAAUGGAGACAUUCAAGACAAGACUGCCGGAUAAAAGAAAAAAUUCGGUGAUGGAUAUGCUGCACGGUAAAAUUUUAUCCAGACUCACGUUUCACGAAAGGAAACUUCAUGGUUUGGCUAGCUACACAAAGACCACGCAGCAAAGACUCGAGAUCCAGAUGGCUGCACUGCGCAUGAUCGUGGCCCAAAAGGACAGUAGACUGAACUUCGAGGUAGCUGGGAAUUCUCGCAGCUUAGCACACGCAACCAAACGCGACACAGGAUCCAUGAUGGCACUCGCGCUACUCGGCACCGUUUUCCUGCCCGGGACAUAUAUUGCCUCAAUUUUCUCCACGACAUUUUUCGACUUCCAGAACGCAACUUGGAACAGUGUCAUGUCGCCCAAAUUUUGGCUUUACUGGGCUACAGCUAUUCCGAUAACGUUGAUCAUUCUGGGAGCCUGGAUGCUGUGGGAGAGGAUGAGGAAAGCGAGGUAUGAGAAGGAGGAGCUGGAUUUAGCGAGGGCUGCUGAGGAUAUGGAGAGGGCUAUAUUGGCUGCGAUGACCAAGAGACCACUACCGGGGCCUUGGUGAACUUUACUAUCUGAGGAAGUACACACGUUAGUGAUGUAUGUGCUUGGAUAAGCGACAUUUAUCCAGGAUUGGAAUCUUGAUUGUUUGGACGAGUUUCUGCGCUGGGAAACAUUAUGCAUUAAGAGGGUGGAUUUCAUUGAAUUGCGAUAUCGUUCCGUGUCAAUCAACAUUGGAGAAAAAGCGAAGAAGAACCUCAAGUGGAACGAACAAAGGAUAGAAAUCAAAAUUGUUACAUUUAGCGCAAUACGCACGUUCAGCGC